UGUUGUAUCCAAUGUGUAGUAGUGCUUAUCCUGCAGUUGUUUUCUAUUACUUGGUUGCAUCGUUAGAGUGCCGUGUGUCUAGGUGUCCUACCUUCAUAUGGGGUGUUUUGCUUGUCAUUGGUGAGCUUGAAGAGGCGAUGUCUGACGAUGAAGAUAUUGCAUAUGUUAAGCGCCAGAAGGUUGUUCACUAUGGAAGUCUUGAAGAGAGAGAGCGUCAAAGACUGGCAGAUAGAGAAGCCGAAGAUGGUAGUGACGAUGAUUCGCAAAGCACGGAUCUCAAAGCAGCGAUGGCUUCCGGAAACGUUCACAUAUCCGAGGAGUACAUGGAGAUUGAGGAUGAAGGCGGCCGAGACAAACAGCAGCUGCUUGAGGAGUUUGAGAGAAGAAAAAAGGCUCGUCAGAUCAACGUAUCAACUGAUGACACGGAGGUCAAAUCAACUUUGCGCGACAUGGGAGAGCCAAUUUGCCUAUUUGGUGAGGGUCCUGCAGACCGGCGGGAACGUUUGCGUCACUUAUUGGCCUUGGUGGGACAAGACGCAAUACGACGCAAGAAGGAGGAAGAACGUGAAAGAGAGCGAGAGCUGCGGAAAGACACAUAUGAAACAACUUGGUAUCACGAGAGUAAUGAGAAGCUGCGGGAGUGCCGCCUUUGGAUAGCACGUUUCUCAUUGCCUCGUGCUCGGCACCGUAUCGCCACAGCCAAAGAAAAACUGAAAUCCCAAGGACCCGCUGCAUCAGAUUCUCAGCUGCACGCCAAACGACAGGAACUCUACAAGACUCUCAGAUCUUUGAACAUCAACUGCAGCCAAAUUGGUGAUACACGCCCAAUCUCCUUUUGCGAGUUUAGUCCCAACUCGCAGAUGCUAGCAACUUCAUCCUGGAGCGGGCUGUGCAAGCUAUGGUCAAUCCCCGAGUGCAACCUCAUCAGGACCUUAAGAGGACACAACUGCAAUGUGGGUGCCAUUACAUUCCAUCCACGGUCAACUUACCUGCAGUCGGAGAACGCACUCAACAUGGCCUCUUGCUCUGCUGAUGGUGUCGUUAACUUGUGGAACCUGAAGAGUGAAGAGCCAAUGAGCACAUUGAGAGGGCUGUGCCCGCACAGGGUCUCCAGAGUGGCAUUCCACCCUUCUGGACGCUUCUUGGCAUCCUGUGUAUUUGAUCAUUCUUGGCGUCUAAUAGACUUGGAGACUGAAACAGAGGUGCUGCACCAAGAAGGGCACAGCAAAGCUGUGUAUGACAUUAGCUUCCAAUGUGAUGGUUCAUUGGCUGCUACAGGGGGCAUGGAUGCAUUUGGGCGUGUCUGGGACCUCCGUACUGGGCGCUGCAUCAUGUUUCUAGAUGGUCAUCUGAAAUCUGUGUUAAGCCUCUGCUUCUCGCCCAAUGGCUAUGUUCUGGCCACUGGCAGUGAAGACAACACAAUCAAGCUGUGGGACUUGAGGCAACGAAAGUGUGAAUACACCAUUCCUGCUCAUCACAACCUUGUGUCAAGGGUAAUUUUUGAAAAAUUGUCUGGGGAAUACCUUGUUACGACAUCGUAUGACAACACGGUUAAGAUCUGGUCCAAUCCCGAGUGGACUCCAAUACAUAGCCUCAGUGGUCAUGACGGCAAAAUUAUGGGUGCCGACAUUUCACCUAAUGGAAAGUACUUGGCGACAUCAUCCUUUGACCGGACAUUUAAGCUUUGGACUCCAGAAUAAAAUCUACGAUUUAUUUUUGUAA